AACUUCGUUACCCUAUUUCAAAAGUGUAAAACACUCUGGUAAGAGUGUUUAAAAGGUUUAUGUAUGUGUAUAUGUGUAUGUUUCGAGCGCGGGAGCAUUCGAGUCAUUCAAGAACCACGUGCACUUGCAGGUGCACUUCUUACAUAUGUAGAGGCGGUUAAUACAGCUGCCGGUUUUAUCCGAUUGCUAUCAUUUUAACGAAAUUUUAUUCUAAUAUCUGUUAAGUAAUAGUGAAAUGUGUUAUUCUGGUGUUGUUACUUCGGAUCGGAUCGAACGUUAUUUACGCCGACGAGUUAUCAGAAAUGCCAACGAAGGGUUUGGAAACAGAUGUCCUUGGUGCUCUUGAAUCAAAGCUCGCUUAUCUUCCUGGUGGACGUGAUCGUGAGGGACGUCCUUUGAUAAUAAUUAACGUCCCAAAUGAACUACAACCGACAACGAAACCACGCUUGGAAUCGGUCAUCUUAUACUUCUUAUCAAUAUUCAGUGAAGGUACAAAGAAAGGUGGUCUAGUAUUGAUAAUAGAUGCACGUUAUCGAGCAUGGCGAGUUGCAAGAUCCUGCAUCAGGUUAUCGGUGAUGCUUCUAGGAAGUCGUGCAACUUCCGUGUUCGUUAUACGGCCAGAUGGCUUCUGGGACAAACGUGUUGAUAGUUGUACCAAGUCUUAUAAGGAUAGCGAGCCGAUGUAUGUAACAGUUGAAAGACUACACACGUUUAUUGAAUUUUCACAAUUACCGUAUGACUUGUGUGGUAAUAAAUUUUACGAUCACACGGAAUGGAUUCAAAAACGUUUGAAAGUUGAAGAAUGUAUGAAAGAUGGUUUAGAAUUAUUAUCAAAAAUGUCAAAUUUACAUGAACGAUUGAGUAACCUUGAUGGGAUUCGCAUGAGACAAUCUGACGAUGAUUUAGAAUCUUAUUGGGAAAUUGGAAUGGAACUUACAUCUGUUGCUUCUCGUAUUCUUAACUCAGGUAGGAGUUUAGUGAACACUAUGAGCAGGGAUUCAUCCAGAGAUUCUUUGGACACUGUUAAAAAAAUACACGGACUUCUCGAUUCCAUUGAAUUAAAGCAGGUGGACAUUGAAAAUUGUUGGACUCAAAUGGAAAGAAGUUUGGAUACUGUAAAAGUAAUAGACGAACUUGAAAAAGGUGUUUCACAAGUAACGGAGUGGAUUUUGGGACCGGCCGACGCCAUGUUGAAUUCUUCUUAUCAAAUUGGUUUUGAUGUUGUUUCUUCGGAUGAUCUUAGAAGACAACACGAACAAUUGGAAUUAAAAUGCAGGGAAACCUAUGGUCGUUACGCUGAGUUGCUUCAUAAGAUUGAUCGUUUACCGACAGGUCAUUUACCGGAAGAUUUAAAAUCACAAAAGGAUUUUAUGGAUUUUGUUUGUCGUAGUUUUGCAUCAAGAUUGGAAAGACGUAGAAAUGUUCUCAUAACUUGUCAGAGAUUUUUCAGGCUUGUAUCCGAAUACUUUGACAAGACGAGUGAAGUUUUUGACAAGCUGGUGAUGACAAAUACGACUCAUGAUUUCUCUCAAGCAAGUUUGAAAUUACUCAUGCUGGAAAAGAAUCAAUUGGCACUGGAAGAGUUAGAACAGGAACUUGUGAAAGAGGGUGAAAAACUUUCUGACAUUUUAUCGAUGCCUGUCAAAGAUGCUUUAGGAAGAGACGUUCAUGUUGAUUAUGGAGAAGAUAUUGUCAAUGUACGUGAUAUUUUGGAUGCAACCAUUGCUAGGAAAAAUAUUUUUAAUGACAGUGUAGAAUUACAGAAAUUAACUUUGAAACAAAUUUCUUUAAUACAUACAUACGAAAAUGACGCUGAACAGGCUGUUAAAUGGUUAAACGAUUUAUUCAACGUUUUAUUUCAAAAUUUGAUGGAAGUUGGAUGUAACACCAGUGAAAUACAAUCACAAAAAGAACAACAUCAAUCAUUUCAAGCAACUGCUCAGGUAAGUUACAAAUAUGUGUACUUGUUAAAUGGUACUUUUGAAUAUGGUUGUCAAUUGAUAAACGGUGCUAGAGUUUUGAGAUUGUCUUGCAGAUUACCAAUGGACAACAACGUUAAUUUGUUAAUGAGAUUACGUCAAAUUUGGAAACAAUUACGUUUGGCUGGUCAAGAACAAUUAAUCAGACUACGUGUGUGUGCAGUUUUUCAUAGAAGUGUUGAAGAUCACUGUUCAAAAUUACGAGAUUUGAUCGACAUAGUUGGAUCUUUAAGACGUGCAAGAAAAAAUGAAGAUUUUGUUAGUGAGUGUCGUGCAAGAGCUGAGAUAAGAGAUAUAUUGGGUGAUCGAGAAAAACUUUUAUUGGAUGUUGGUCGCAUGGUUAGAUUGGGACGUCUUUUGAGGACCAGAUUGAAGGAACCUGUGUGCCAUCAACGAUGA